AUGGAGAACAAGUUCAGUUUUGGAUUCCAACCUUAUGACGAUUUACCAUUUUCAGAACUGUACAAAUACCUUGGUGAUUCAGUUAUGAUUGAUAUCUGUACUAUUUUUGUCUGCAUUUUUGGACUUGUGGCCAAUGGAAUUAUCCUCCGGCUUCUUGGCUUCUGUACUAAGAGGAAUCCUUUCACCACCUACAUCCUGAACUUGACAGUCUCUGACUUUGGGUUCCUGUUAUUCCUUUUACAUAUAAAUAUAUUUGUCCGUAUAAGAAAUGUUUUGAUGCCCUCCUAUGAUCUUUAUACAGAUAUUUUGCUUAACCUUCUCUUACUAACGCACAGCAGUUGUCAGUUUCUGUUGACCUUCAUCAGCAUUGACAGGUGUGUGGCUGUCUUCUUCCCAGAUUGGUAUUGUUGCCACAGGUCACCAAAUUUGCCCACUGCUCUGUGUGCCUUCAUAUGGGUACUGUUAUUCUUGCUUUGUGGAAUCCAACUAAUCCUGUUUUUUACUGGAGCAGAUGAGUAUUUUGAUUUGACAGUAUACCAGUAUUUUGUGAUUGCAUGUAUAUGCCUCCCGCUGAUGACUAUUGCCACUCUGACUCUGUUUAUCAAAGUCAGCUUUAAAUUACAAAGACAUCAACGUGGAAAACUUCUAAUAGUUAUCUUGCUCAUUCUGCUCUUCUCCCUCCUCUUUUCUUUCCUGACAAAUGCCCUUUCGAUUGCCAUUUAUUUUAAUGUUGUUUUUGACCAUCUACUUGACUAUAUGUUUCUAUGUGGCUCCCUAAAGAGCAGUAUUAACCUGCUAUUUUUUUUAUUGGUUGGGAGAUGGAAAGUCCACCGAUUUCAGGAAAAUGCAAAGGUCAUCCUCCAAAGAGUUUUCAAGGAGGAGGAACCUCAACACACCAUUCAAACUGAGUUAUGA